AUUGGCUGGCGCCGGGCCGCCCUCCCCCGCGCGCCACCCCUGGUUUCCCUCCCCGGGCCGCAAGAGAAACAGUGCCCUCUCCCUUCUUGACCCCUGGCCCUUCCCUCCCUCCUCCCCUCCUGCCGCCGUAGCUUCUGGCGCUGCCGCUCCCGAAGGAGCUCCCGCCACGGUGAUGGGGUCUCGGGCCUCCACGUUACUGCGGGACGAAGAGCUCGAGGAGAUCAAGAAGGAGACUGGCUUUUCCCACAGUCAGAUCACGCGCCUGUACAGCCGGUUCACCAGCCUGGACAAAGGGGAGAAUGGGACUCUCAGCCGGGAAGAUUUCCAGAGGAUUCCAGAACUUGCCAUCAACCCCCUGGGGGACCGGAUCAUCAAUGCCUUCUUUUCAGAGGGAGAGGACCAGGUAAACUUCCGAGGAUUCAUGAGAACUUUGGCUCAUUUCCGACCCAUUGAGGAUAACGAAAAGAGCAAAGAUGUGAAUGGACCUGAACCACUCAACAGCCGAAGCAACAAACUGCACUUUGCUUUCAGACUCUAUGAUUUGGAUAAAGAUGACAAGAUCUCCCGCGAUGAGCUGUUACAGGUACUACGAAUGAUGGUUGGAGUGAAUAUCUCGGAUGAGCAGCUGGGCAGCAUCGCAGACAGGACCAUCCAGGAGGCCGAUCAGGACGGGGACAGUGCCAUAUCCUUUACAGAAUUUGUUAAGGUUUUGGAGAAGGUGGAUGUAGAACAGAAAAUGAGCAUCCGGUUUCUUCACUAAAGGACAGGGACCAAAUUAUUCUUGCUUUCUAGUAUUUAAGAACUGGAACUUCCUUCUGUCCUCCAGCCCCACCCUGUCCCAUCAUCCCCCUUUCCCAGAAUACUACUGCUCUUGCAUGACAACCUGAAGUCUUUCUUGUCCACACAGACUUGCCUUUGGUGUAUAAACAGGGCGUUACAGAAUGGUACCCUCAGUCUUUUUCUGUUCAGUAUGCACCCACCAGGUCUCUAUUUGUAAGUGACAUCUUCCCCUGUUUUGCUGCUGAAUACCAUGCAUCCAUCCUGUCUGCGGAAAUGAGAUAGGGACUCGUGUCAAGAACCAGCCAGCAAAGCUCCCACUGGAUGGAGACUGCAUCCACGCUGCCUUCCCUUCAUCGAGCCUCUGUCAUGGUCCUGUGUCCUUGUGUCCUUUACUUCCUACCUCCCUGUCGCCCAGCCUUCUGUCCAUUUGGUCUUUAAGCCUCCCUCUUUUUCAUUGAGAUUCCCUGUGUCUCCUUGACUCCGGGCUCUGCUGUCAAGCCUGUCUCUGAUGUGACAGACUGGUGAGUGGUCUGGUGGUUUGUGUCUACCUUCUCCUGGCUGUGUCUCUGGGACAUUGCCUAUCCAGGAGCCUUUCAGCAACCAGUACAACUCUUGGAAGCACGUGACUCUCUUGGU